AAGAAGAUGUAGCACCACUAAGACGUGACUGAAAGUGUUUUUAAGUUCAAGUGUCUCAUCUCUCCCGCCUAUUUUCCACAGCCAAUUAUAUAUCAAACUAAUAAUCAAAUGAAAUUCCAACAACUAUUAGGUGUGAGAUGAAAUCAUUGGGCAUACCAAUUCAUCAUCGCACACAACAACAUAACUCCCAAUCUUCAUAUAAUCACCCAAUCUGCACUACUUAGAACUACUUGUAAUAGCAAAAAAAUAUAUAAAAAAAAAUCGUAAUGAAUCAGAAAAUAUUGAAGUUCACCUUAUGGGCUAUCUUGCUAUCCAUGAUCUUUUCUCAUGCUGCGUCGUACGACCCGUUGGAUCCAUUUGGGAACGUAACAAUCAAAUGGGACGUCAUAUCUUGGACUGCCGAUGGAUACGUGGCAUUAGUGACGAUGUUCAACUUCCAAAUGUAUCGACACAUGAUGAGCCCCGGGUGGACGCUGACGUGGGGUUGGGCGAAGAAGGAGGUGAUAUGGUCCAUGGUGGGUGCCCAAACCACGGAGCAAGGCGAUUGCUCCAAAUUCAAAGGAAAUGUGCCUCAUUGUUGCAAGAGGAACCCUACGGUUGUUGAUUUGCUCCCCGGUGUUCCCUACAACCAACAGAUUGCCAACUGCUGCAAAGGCGGGGUCGUGGCCUCGUGGGGCCAGGACCCCGCCUCCGCGGUCUCCGCCUUCCAGGUCAGCGUGGGCCUCUCCGGGACCACCAACAAGACCGUCAAGCUCCCCACCAACUUCACCCUCCUCGGCCCGGGCCCCGGCUACACUUGCGGCCCCGCCAAGAUCGUGCCCUCCACCGUCUACCUAACUCCGGAUCGGAGGAGGAAAACUCAAGCUCUCAUGACGUGGAACGUGACGUGUACUUACUCGCAGCUCCUGGUGUCGAGGCACCCGAGCUGCUGCGUCUCGUUGUCGUCCUUCUACAACGAGACUAUCACUCCCUGCUCGAAAUGCGCCUGCGGCUGCCACAACAAGAAGGAGUGCAUCAAGCCUGAUUCAAACAAGCUGAAGAUGGUGGGGAUCAACACACCCAAGAAGGAUAACAGUCCACUGCUGCAGUGCACGCAGCACAUGUGCCCGAUUCGAGUCCACUGGCACGUGAAGGUGAACUACAGAGACUACUGGCGCGUGAAGAUCGCCAUAACCAACUUCAACUACAGGAUGAACUUCACGCAGUGGACGCUGGUGGCACAGCACCCCAACCUCAACAAUGUCACCCAAGUCUUCAGCUUCGACUAUAAAUCCCUUGUCCCAUACCAGAGCAUCAACGACACGGCCAUGUUCUACGGCAUGAAGUUCUACAACGACCUGCUGAUGGAGGCAGGGGAGUUUGGGAAUGUGCAGACUGAGAUUCUGUUGAAGAAGGAUAAGGAUACGUUUACUCUGAAGCAGGGAUGGGCAUUUCCCAGGAAGAUUUACUUCAAUGGAGAUGAAUGCCAGCUCCCGCCUCCUCAUGCUUACCCCUUUUUACCAAACUCUGCUCACAAAAUUUUCACAGCACCUUUCAUGCUUUUGUUCAUUACUGGGGCAAUAGUAUUGCUGUAAAUUUUGGAAACUCUAGUGUUUGUGUAAAAUCUUUUAGGUUGUUUUUUAAAGUUUUUUUUGUUUGCUUUCUCAUGAUUGCCGAAUAUUAAACACUGUUUGGUUGGACAUAAUAUUUUUAUCGAAUAGAUUUGCACUUAUAAAUUUA